GUGUUUGAUCUGAAUGAAGCCUUGUCAAAACACUUUGGAACAGAGAAUAUUAAUGGAUUCAGAUGUGAAAGGUGCAACACAGUGACAGCAGCCACAAAAGGAUGCCAACUUACUGGUCUUCCAAAGAACUUUAUUAUCAGUUUGAAAAGGUUUACCAGAAAACGCAGGAAGGACACUAGGCAUAUCAAGAUUCCAUUUGAAUUAAGACUUCGACCCUACAUUGACAGAGAUCUAGAGCUAGAGGACAAGGCCAGACUCAUUGGUAUGGUACAGCAUUGUGGUGUAUCCGUGACAAGCGGCCACUAUGUAGCUUAUGUGGAAGUUGGAAUGAAAUGGUUUCGAAUAGAUGACAUGAGGAUAUCAAAUAUUACAAACAAUGCCUUGAGUAAUGAGGCUUCAUCUUCGUACAUAUAUUUUUAUAAGACACUGCCAAGGCCUUACAUAAACUGACAAGAAUUUAAUUCAAGGAGUGAUUCCACAAAACAUGAUUCGGCGAUACAGCAAAAAGUACUGUGGUUGCUAUGGCAACAAAUAGACUCAAAAUAUGGCUAAUUUAACACAUAAACUGGACCAAGUGAUAAAGAAAAAAGUACUGAAAAUAUUUUUAUGAAACUCGGAAUAUUGGUAGAUGGCAGUCUACAGAUUAUGCACAUCUUGUUCUGUUCUUCCUUUGUUGAAAAAUGUCUUGCUAUGGCAACAAAUAUACUGAAAAUAGGCCUAAAAUAUGUAAAAUAUAUAGAGGAUAUUAAAUGAGUGUAGUUUAAUACUAAAUUUAUUGAACGAGUUGAAUAAAAUCAUAUUAUGCGAGCCUCUGGCGAGCAUAAUGUUGUUUUUUUUUCAACGAGUUCAAUAAAUUUAAUAUUGAAACUACACGAAUAUAAUAUUCUUUUUAUCACAUAUAUAAAAUAAGAACGGUAAACUGUUUUUUGAGUCAUUUUAUUUUUGACGCACCUAUAGUGUAACGCUAACAUUAGCGCGCUUUAACGCUAUGUUCAUAAAAUGAUAUAGCGCAAAUGACGUCACGUUUAUGGCGCCGCGGUUUAUGUGAUAAAACAACAUUUGUCAUUACACAAAAGGUAGUGAAAACAUUUUUAUGAAACUUAAAAUAUGCAUAGAUGGCAGAAUGGAGAUGAUACAAAUUAUUUUAAUCUUUAUUCUACGGAGUAUUUAUGGAGCUUUCCUACGCACCAAGCGUUGGCAAUCUCGUCAAUAUUUCUGAUUCAAGUUUCACGCUUUUCACAAUAAAUUAUUUAUUUCAUAAGGUACUAACUUCAAACUUCAAAUAUAUGUUUCUAAUCAUCAACCACAUCAUAUGUGACAAGUUUUACAAUCUAGCACAAAAUAUCAUAAUUACCUCCCUUGAACUGAGAAUUUUCAUGACAAAUAUGAUAUUUUUUAGAACUUCUUUAUUUCUUUAUGUAUCUACUUCACACUUCAUAUAUAUCUGUCUUACUGUAUUAUCACUCAAAUAAUUUUGGAGAAGGUACUGUAGAUGGACUAUUUUCAGACUUAUGUCUCCCUUGAUCUUGAAUUUUUUAGAACUAUAGAUUUUUUCUAUAAAUAUAUCUUACUUGAAUUUCUUCAUUUCUUUUAGCAUUUUCUUCAAACUCCCACAUCAUAAUAAUAUGACAAUGGUUAUAAAUCUAGUGUAUUGUCUCCUCUGUUAAUGAUAUUUUAUUGAAACUUUAUAUUUUUUACAUGAAUAGAGACUAUUAAGAGAAAGUGCACAGAUUUACAAAUGUAAAAUAGACUAUAACUUUUUCUACCGAUAAAACUUACAUAAAUUUGCAGUUAUAAAUUUAGUUUUACAGGUGAUAAAGAUACAUAUCCUCAAUUAUACUGAUACAACAUAGAUUUAUUGACUGAUAUAAGUCAUAUUUGGUAUUUAGAUUUAUACAAUGGGCGUUCCUGUAUUUGUGGUGUUAAGACACUAAUGAAAAAGAUAUUUUAACUGUCCUUGUACAGCCUCCAUUUGUUGGUAAAUGUGUGGUGCAAAUAUGCAGCUUUUGGGAGCAUAAUUUGCCCUCAAUGAUAUUUUUUGAAACUCAUGUUAGUUAGAAAUUAUAUCAAACUCAUGAUUAAUAUGUUGUAUUUUACUUGUUUCUUAGGUGAGUGUACCAGGGCAACCAUGAUGCUCUUGUUUAAUCAGUAUUCUCCUUUAAUUCAUAAGUC